CAAUCAGAGGCGAGAAAGGCGGGUCCGGACUGAAGAGGAUGUAUCCGUCCAUCUCUUGCUACAGUCUCAGGUCCGUGUUUUCCAGGCGAGGCGCUGCUCAUCUCGAACAAGGCCAUUGCACACUUGUGUACUACGCACUGGAAGCCUAAGCGCACCUUAUCCUAGUGCACUUUGCUGAAGACCGCAGUGCGAGUAAUGACAUUGGGCCUUUGAACACCGCUGAAGGAGCCAUUACAUUACUCGGUGUUUCUUGGACAUGUUGCCAGUCGUGGUGGUUCAUGGAGGGGCAGGCCAUGUUCCAAAGGAGCGAUCAGAAAAGGCCACCAUGGGGGUUUCCUCAGCAGCCCGGUCAGGAUAUCUGGUCCUCCAGGGAGGGGGCAGCAGUAUGGAUGCUGUGGUGGCGGCGGUGAGCCAGCUGGAGAACAACCCUCUCUUUAAUGCAGGGUGCGGCUCGGUGCUGAACGUUAAAGGAGAGGUGGAGAUGGAUGCCCUGGUGAUGGACGGAAAAACACUGUGCAACGGUGCCGUGUCUGCAGUACGGAACAUAGCUAACCCUGUUGAGCUGGCAAGAAUGGUCAUGGACAAGACCAGCCAUGCAUGUCUAACUGCAGAAGGAGCCAGUAUGUUUGCCAGGUCCAUGGGAGUCCCAGAGGUUCCUCAUGAGUCCCUCGUCACAGAGUACUCUCGCAUGCGCUGGAGAAAGAACCUGGAACCUGGUGCUGACCCUGUGGCGUGCCAAAUGGGGAAGAUGGGCACAGUAGGAGCCGUGGCGGUCGACGUGGAGGGUAACGUCGCGUGUGCAACUUCCACUGGAGGAAUGAUGAACAAGAUGGAGGGUCGGGUAGGCGACACCCCUUGCAUAGGCAGCGGAGGUUACGCCGACAAUCAUUCUGGAGCUGUGUCCACUACGGGCCACGGGGAAACCAUCAUGAAGGUCACCCUCGCCCGACUCAUCCUGUUCUAUAUGGAGCAAGGUCACUCUGUGGAAGCCGCCAGUGACAUGGGCCUGGCCUACAUGAAGUCCAGAGUGGAUGGGCUUGGAGGGGUUGUGACAGUGGACCCUCAGGGCAACUGGGCCGCUCGCUUCUCCAGCCUGCAGAUGGCAUGGGCAGCAGCCCAGAAGGACAUGCUGCACUAUGGUCUGUACGUAGGAGAACACUGGAGCCAGAACAUCCAGGAGCCUCACUCGCCUCACCACGCUGACAUCUGAACCAAAGAUCUUCAUCAGCGUUGUUGAUCCCAUUACGAUUGAUCUGAUUCAGAACUUAAUGAUUUACAGAUUCUGAGUUCAGUCUGGAGACAGCGUUGCUCAGAUCAGUGUGUGUAGCAAUUAUCCUCAGGAAAUUACAGCCUCAUACUUCGACCAUUUUACUAAUCCUCCUGUUCCUUAAACAUUCCUUUUUUGCAAUUGGAAGCAGAGAUGUUUAAGAUAAUAUUAAUAUUAUUGUUAAUUUCUAUGUGUUCAUUUGAUUGUUGAAAAGUGAACGUGUGGUAAUCUUAAGUAAAGGCUGGACAAUAAUUAUAUAUGUAAUGUACCAAAAGCACAUGUACAGUGGGGCAAAAAAGUAUUUAGUCAGCCACCGAUUGUGCAAGUUCUCCCACUUAAAAUGAUGACAGAGGUCAGUAAUUUUCAUCAUAGGUACACUUCAACUGUGAGAGACAGAAUGUGAAAAAAAAUCCAUGAAUUCACAUGGCAGGAUUUUUAAAGAAUUUAUUUGUAAAUCAGGGUGGAAAAUAAGUAUUUGGUCAGUUGAAUUUGUUCUAAUAUUUGAGAUUUCUACGAUUUGCUUUAUUAAGCCUGAUAUUUAAUCAGUGUGGUUUUGGCCGUGGGCAGGACACUGUCUCAGUGGGGUAGUGGGUGGGUAACAGUACAGAAGCUGCAGAGGGGUGUGUUAAACUACAACUCUGCUUCCUGGCCUACCAUCAGAAGUCCAACUCCACCAGCCAUCUCUCUGGACUGAUUUCGUCAACUGCCUGAGUCGCACGGGGACCUUCACGAGAGUUUGUCGUUAAACCAUACAGUCAGACUGAUUUUACAACCCAGACAUCACAAUUUUCUAAGACACUUAAUAGGUUUUGCUACAUAACAUCUAAGCUUACAUUCCAUCAUUUCAUUCCUUUUCUCAGUUACGGUAUCUUGUUUCAACCAUCAGUCAUAAUUCGUUCUGUGUCAUUAGUAACAGAAACUAAGUAUUAAAAUCAUAAUGAUCAUAAAACAGAAAUAGAUUAACAUCAGAAAAAGUAUACAAUAUAAAACAAAUGAAAGAUGAUUACAAAUUUGAGUAAGAAAACAAAAGAUUUAGGUAAAAACAGCUUUCAAUAAAAGGGUCUUUAGCUGCUUUUAAAAAUGUCCAGACUGUCAAUGCUACAUAAGGAUAAAGGAAGAUCAUUCCAGAGUCAGGGUGCAACAGUCUGGAAGGAGCGAUCACCUCGACUUUCAUAUCUGGUCUUUGGAACUUCUAGAAGGUUCUGGUGUGUGGACCUGAGGGCCCGGAUUGGAGCAUAAGGCUUUUUUUCAGGAUAGGUCCAACAACUGUACUGUUGAAAACAGAUGGUACAGAUUGAGAUUGUAGAGAUAUAUUAAAAUCUACAAUGCCUGGGCCAAUUUGGUCAAACAUCCUGAUAAACAAGGUCGUAGGAAUAUUAUCAACAGAGCAUGAGGUUGGUUUCAUGAGUUUCUGAAUGAAGCAACUGUCCAGGAAAUUUCCAGGAGAAAAGAAGGACCAUGAUUGGGAGGAAGGUGGUUGGAUGAGGAGGAAGAAGGAGAUGGGGGCGAAAAACUUGCCCUGAUAUUUCUGAUUUUAUUCUCAAAGAAUGCUAGAAAGUUGUUACAGUCAGACCUUGAGUAAACUGGCAUAAGAGGGGCGUGUGAUGAAAGAAUCCGGUUUAUGGUGUCAAACAGGACUUUAGAGUUUUUUUUUUUUUACCAUGUCCUGUCUGGCUGUGAAGCAAACAGAAUUGAUGUCUGAAUGCUGGUAACAAGCCUUACAGAUUUACUCUCAGGUGGAGCAUCAAAGCGUCUGCUUUUAAUGUCACGCCUGAUACUUAAAACUUUAUUGUUGUUUUUUAAUGCUUUGCAAUUCCGACAAGACACGGAGUCAGAGGUGAAAGAGAAAGGAAAAGACAAAAGGUGGGGAGAGGGGGGGGGGUUUCCACAAAAAUAAACAAUAAUUAACAAGAGUCUGCUUCUAGACCUGCAGGAAGAGAAAAAAAUGGGACACACAACAAUACAUCAGGAGCAAGCUAUCACUGCGUCAGCCUGAUGAUGAAAUAUAAAAUCAACAUUGUUUAACUGAGCAAUCACACGAUAAUAAAUCAUAGUGCAUUUAGUGGCAACGACAUCCUUAAGACCUGUGUUGAACGUCCCCAAGUCCAUACUUUUGAGAGCACCAUAUGAGCACCUGUGUGUGUACACGCGCUUGUUUGUGUAAGGUUUCUCUAUAGGAGCGUCCAAUAGAGAGUGUGAGGAGCGUCCAAUAGAGAGUGUGAGGGACCACAGAUCUGCCCCCCAAAGGUGCGUAGGAGACGGGGGGGAGCUCCAAGUCCCAGAGAUUCAGGCGCUGCCCCAGAACACAGGAACCCCAAGGAGACUGCAACCAGAAAGGCCACCGCCCAGCUGAUGCCACCGCACCACCCCACUUGCAACCACAGCCCUCGGUGUCUUAAGUGCAGUUUAAAAUUGGAAGUGGGCACCAGCACUCGGGAGGAGGCUGAGAAAUCCCCGUGCCAAAUGCCAUUGAAUGUGCUCACUCCCAAGGCCCUAAGUGUGUAUUUGCGUGGAAUGUCUUCGGUGGAAGUGUAUAAGGUGCAAAUAAAAUUGGGGGGCAGGUUGCCACAGGAAUGCGGAAAUGGAGUCCAUACCCGCACUCCCUGACUUGUGCACCCCCCCAAGGUCCUAUGUGUAUGUUUGUGUGAUGAUGUGAGGGAGCAGGAGGAGGAAAAUAUGCGGGGAUGGGGAGGAGUGGCUGGUUGGGCUUAGCCCUCCAGGGAGCCAGUUCCCCCACUGGCCCCAACCAAUAACUUUAGAGUUAUUUUUGUUUACGGCAAUCAUUUAAGCAAAGUAAGUGGCCCUGGAAGUUUUCACCGUCUCCUUUAAAGAUGUCAUCAGUUCUUUAAAGUGCAGCCUGUGACUUUUUAAUUUAGUGAACUCCCAAUGGCUUUCGGCUCUGUGGCAUGUCCUGAGACUUUAAAUGUUUUGAUUAAUCCUAGGACUUUUCCUCUGCUAAACAAGAGCCACUUGAUCUAAGAUACUGCAGAAUUGCUUUGUCAAACAUUGGAUUGGAGUUGUGGCAGAUGGCUGCUUAUACUGAGCCAGGAUCAUCUGGAGGUUUCUUCCUGUUAAAAGGGAGUUUUCCUCUCCACUGUCACUAAAUGGUUGCUUAGUAUGAGGAUUGCUGACACCAGUCAGUGACUUGAUGCAAUUUGCUGGGUUCCUUAUACAGGAAACUUUUUUUCUGAUUGACUUAAUGAACUGACCUGUAUUGGAAUGUUUAUUAUGUGAAAUGCCUUGAGAUUACUCUUGUCCUUAUUUGGCGCUAUAUAAAUAAACUUGAAUUGAAUUUGAAUUGAAUUGGAUAAACAAGGUUGAAUGAUCACCCUGAACUUAUCUGCUGACAAGAAACCCAUCCACUUCUGACUGAUUAAUGAUAUGUCUCUUUGAAUUUAGUGUAGUGGGAUGAGUCACCUGCCACCAAGUAAUUGGACGACCUAUCAUUGAGGGAAGGCGCUCAUAUAAAUAGGGCCUGAGGUGGCGCUACAGCGAUCUUUUACUUUGGCUUAACUUCCGCUUCCUGUGUGAAAAGCCGUUGUGUACGGGACUCCGUCGUGUCGGACUGUGAGUACUAUUUAAAAACGCUGCAGUAGCUGCAUGGAGUCUGGUGUUUAUUGGUUGCUCCUGCCACAGGAAUUGUUGUAUGUGGUCCUCCCAGAGUAACGGAAGGCUUCUUUUAUCCUAUGUGCUUCAAAGAAGUGGUAUGUACAUCUGCGCUCCUCUCCACUUAGCUGUGGCUUUAGGAUAAUACUAAUUAAUGUGUCUUCCAGAUCCAGGAAGGGGUGUGUCUCCACAGGAGACUCUGUUGUUCUGCUGUUCUGCUGCUUUUCUGCACACUUUCAUGAGAUCUCUGUUUACCGGUUGUUGACCCGGUGCUGGACCAUCAUCCGGUUCCAAGGCCUCUCCACCCCGCUGCUCGGACUGGUUGACGGGAUCAGCGGAGACCAUCGGGAGCAGCUUUUGUCACUCGCUCCUCUGUACUAAAUACCAGCGGAGGGCGUACACCCGCUGUGGGUUUGGAUAUUUCAACGAGGGGCUGCGGGCCCUACCGGCAGUUGUCGUCUGCCCGGGAGCUCAUAAGGACGGCUGAGGCGCAGGCUAAUAGACUCGUGUGCAGGCGAGCCGUAUGCUCGCUCAUUCCCUGACGGCCUGCCUGCUCAGUCGUGGCUGUGUUUUAGUGUGUGUGUGUGUGUGUGGAUUGGAUUUUUACUGUGCUUUCUGUUUUCUUUUCAUUUAGGCUGUGAGCUGACAGUGGUGGUCGAGCCCUGGUGGUGGUUCCCUCUGAUGGUGUGCGUGUGCUCCAGAGUCACUUCACCCCCCCGAAUGCAUGCACGUGUGAUUGGGGUGAAAUUACUUGUGGUUGGUAUUUAGUUCCGGGCUCUCUUAGGCAGCCCCAUUAGUCAGCCUCAGCCUAAGUUGAUUUGGUUAAUCUGUGUUUAUCUGCAGGUGCAUGGUGUGUUUUAGAUUAUUUUAAACUCAUUUUAUUCUUUGAAUAAAAUCUCUGUUUGUGUGGAAUGGAA